UUGCGGAAGGCUAAUUUAAAAUCUGUUGUAAAGUUCCUAUAUAAAGAUAUUAUUAGCUGCUAUAGGCUUAUAGAGCGCCUAAGUAUUAAUAGCAAAGGGGAGAAUAUAGAAAAGGUGCUUAAUAUACUUAUACUAUAUAGUAUAAAGCGCGUUUAG